CAAUGAGACUCAACAGCAGUAUCCAGCUACUGCUAUGUCUCACAGUCUCAAUACUCCUACUCACUGAGUCAACUCAACCACCGUACGCCUGUGACUCAUCCAACGCCGCCACCAAAUCAUUCCCAUUCUGCAAAACCACACUCCCCAUCUCCGCCCGAGUCAGAGACCUCGUCUCCCGACUCACCCUCGACGAGAAGAUCUCGCAACUCGUGAACACCGCGCCGGCGAUUCCUCGACUCGGUAUCCCCGCCUAUGAGUGGUGGUCGGAGGCAUUACACGGCGUUUCCAACUCCGGUUACGGUAUCCAUUUCGAUGGCACUAUCAAGUCCGCCACCAGUUUCCCUCAAGUUAUCCUCACCGCCGCCUCUUUCGAUGCCAGAUUAUGGUACCGAAUCGGCCAGGCAAUUGGAUUGGAAGCAAGGGCAGUUUACAAUGAAGGACAAGCCAAAGGGAUGACAUUUUGGGCACCCAAUAUCAAUGUGUUUAGGGACCCAAGGUGGGGUAGAGGACAAGAGACACCUGGCGAAGACCCAUUGGUUAGCGGCAAAUAUGCAAUUUCUUAUGUUAGAGGGGUCCAAGGUGACAAUUUUGAAGGUGGAGGGAUCAAAGAUGGACAUCUUCAAGCUUCUGCUUGUUGCAAACAUUUCACUGCUUAUGAUUUGGAUCAUUGGAAAGGUGUCGAUAGAUUUGGUUAUGAUGCUAAGGUCACGAAACAAGAUCUUGUGGACACAUAUCAACCACCCUUCCACAACUGCAUACAACAUGCCCAAGCUAGCGGAAUCAUGUGCGCCUACAAUCGUGUGAACGGAGUCCCGAAUUGCGCUGAUUACAAUCUCUUAACCAACAUUGCUCGAAAGCAAUGGGGUUUUCAAGGGUACAUCACUUCAGAUUGUGAUGCAGUAUCCAUCAUCUAUGAUGUUCAUAAAUAUGCAAAAACACCAGAAGAUGCUGUUGCUGAAGUGCUUAAAGCAGGCAUGGAUGUGGACUGUGGUUCUUACAUGCAGAACCACACCAAAUCAGCAGUUCAGAAGAAGAAAGUCCUUGAAUCAGACAUAGAUAGAGCCCUAUCCAACCUCUUCACCAUGAGAAUGAGACUUGGUUUGUUCAAUGGCAACCCGGCCUCACUCCCAUAUGGCUCGAUCGGUCCGAACCAGGUCUGCAGUAAAGCGCACCAGGACCUAGCCCUUGAGGCUGCAAGAAAUGGCAUUGUCCUUCUCAAGAACUCUGCUAAACUUCUCCCGUUCAAAAAGACCAUCUCUUCGUUAGCCGUCAUCGGUCCUAACGCCAACUCAGCGUAUACGCUCGUGGGGAACUAUGCCGGCCCACCAUGCAAAUCCAUCGAGCCGCUAAAAGCACUUCAGAACUAUGUGAAAAACACACAGUACAUUAAAGGCUGUAACUUUGUUAACUGUACGUCUGCUUCUAUUGAUGAGGCGGUUAAGGUUGCGAAAAGUGUGGAUUAUGUGGUUUUGUUUAUGGGGUUGGAUCAGGGUCAAGAAAGAGAGAGUUUUGAUCGGGUCGACUUGGUGCUUCCGGGGCAGCAACAGGCUCUGAUCACUAGUGUGGCUAAGGCGGCUAAAAGACCGGUGGUUUUGGUGCUUGUUUGUGGCGGUCCGGUGGAUAUUUCAUUCGCGAAACAUGAUCCGAAGAUCGGUGGGAUCUUGUGGGCUGGUUAUCCUGGCGAAUCCGGUGGCAUUGCACUUGCCGAGAUCAUCUUUGGUGAUCAUAAUCCAGGAGGGAAGCUACCUAUAACAUGGUACCCUAAAGAAUUCGUCAAGAUCCCGAUGACAGAUAUGAGAAUGAGACCGGAACCAUCUUCAGGCUAUCCGGGACGUACAUAUCGAUUCUACACCGGCCGAAAAGUUUAUCAGUUCGGCUACGGGCUCAGCUAUUCAAAAUACACAUACGAUUUUGUAUCUGUUACACAAAACAAACUCUCUUUAAGUCAAAUUUCAGGCACUGGUUCCACACUUCAGAACUCGGAAUCAGUUCAUUAUACAUCUGUUGUCGAUAUGGAAACCGAAUCAUGUGAAAAGGCCAAGUUUUCGGCAACUGUGGGAGUCCAAAAUCACGGGGAAAUGGAUGGAAAACACGCAGUUUUGCUGUUUGUGAAGCACGAUAAAGCUGGAAAUGGGAAGCCGAUGAAGCAAUUGGCAGCGUUUGAGAGUGUGAAAACGGGUAGUGGAGAAAGGGUCGAAGUUGAGUUCGUUGUGAGCCCGUGUGAGCAUUUUGGGACAGCGAAUGAAGACGGGCUGAUGGUGAUCGAAGAGGGUUCUCGUUAUCUUGUUGUCGGGGAUCAACAAUACGCUAUUACCGUUUUGCCAUAGUUCGUCGAACGAUUCCGUUUUCGUAAUAUUCGGACUAUGAUUUUGUUGUUGAACUAUGAAAUCAAUGAAUUUCUAAAUCAUUACCACAUCAAAAGAUGUUGGUUUCUGAAUUA